GUUCUCAUAUUCUGCCUACAAUCACCGCCAUAAUUCUUCAAUACAAUUGAAUACAAUUGCGACCCGCGCCAAUGCGUAGUCAACCUUGGAUGAAUUAAUCUUUUCUUCGAACAACUGUCGCAAGUAGCUUAUAUCAGGUUCUCGCACAAUGGAUCCGCCAAAUAUUUCACCCCAGUUAGAUCGGCUGGACGAUGAACUCGAUAACCUCGAGGAAGCCCUACAGCCCAUCCUUGGCAACAUCUCGGAUGUCGCUAAUAAGCUACCCCUACUCGACAAGGCCAAGCUUUACGUACUUGCGACCUAUUCCAUAGAAUCGAUGAUCUUUUCUUCCCUUCGACUUAAUGGUGUCGAGGCAAAAGAACAUCCCGUCUUCAAGGAACUCGCCCGCGUACGGCAAUACUUUGACAAGAUCAAGAAGAUCGAAACCCCUCCGGAAAAACCAGAGCAGACCCUGAACAAGGAAGCCGCUAUUCGAUUCAUCAGAGCCGACUUGGCCGAGAAUAAUAACAAGGUUGUCAAUACCAAGCUAAGCGAGAUGAUCGCGAAGGAACGCGCUAAAGCCGCCCUAAAGGCUGCUCAAGCAAGUAGCAAGCGAAAGGCCGAAACAUCCAUCCCACCAGUAGAGCCCAAUACCGAAUCCAAUGCCGGGGAUGUUGACUCGGAAGUUUCGCGGAAGAAAAAGAAAGAUAGGAAGGAAGAAAAGAAGCAUAAAGACAAGAAAAAUAAGAAAUCUCCCAAGUGAGGUAUGGAAUUCGUGGGCGUUGCCAUCAAAAACGAAACUUGCAGCACCAUUAUCCACCACGGCUUCCGUUUCCACUGAUGGAAGUCAAGGUGCGAAUUAGGCGGGUCGAACAAGUGCUUUAUAAUCUAUGAUGUGUUGUACCGAGAUAUGCUAAGUCGGGGAACUAAUUUCACGCCCUAGCAAGGCGAGUGAAGGAGAGCGAAGGGCCCUCGAACCAAAUGAGCUUAGCAGAUUGCCGAUGCUCCUACAAACACAAGGUCACCAGACUACGAUACUAGAGGCAGCCGAGCCGUUAAUAUUAGGUAGAUAAAUCAUUACCCAGUAGCGCUAGGCUCAUCUGACCAAGGUAGGUGAUGUUAUUGCUGCGCACUGCCUCUACCAAACCUGUCGUAAGGCUCGAUACUGGCCUCGCUAUCAUUAUAGUCAUACAUAUACCAACACAAUAAAACGCAA